AUGGCAAAAGGCCCGACUACACGUAAGCCUUAUGAAGAAAUAGGUGCUAUAUUCAAUGGAAAUGAGGUGAAGAUAAGGAUACCGAAAAGCACUUCCAAGCCGCCGAAGUUGACACCAUCUCAGAUUAAACUUCAAAAUCAAUGUACUUGUGAUGAUGAAGGCUCUGUAUGCUCAGAGACAUGCGGCAUGGUUGGAGAUGAUGACGGAGGACCUCCCAACAGGCUAAACUUCCAGAUCCCAGAUGAUAUUUGCGAAGCUCUAACAAACAGGACUCAACUCAACUCGGAAUUGAUUUAUAGCAAGAAAGAGGUUCAUGACAAUCUUUGCGACGUUUGCAACAUCACGCCGAAUGACGCUCCGAAAGGAGUCCAAGCGCAGAAAGUCCUACAUCCUGACAAAGAUGUUUUCCUGCUCAAAAUAGGCAAACAGACAGAUGAACCAUGCCGCACUGGAAAUAUAGAGGUGGAACUAGUAACGCCACGAGCUCCUGCGAAAUUGAAGCCCGCUACUCACUCUUGUAAGCAGAUACAAUGUGAAGAUGAGGAUCUACCAUGCUGUGUGCCGUGCCGUACAUGCCGAGCCGUUUUCCCAAAGAAACCGCGAGUAAGACGUGCCAGAUGCUGUAUGUGA